AUGUCUACCAUCGACAAAGAAAUCUCGGCCGAAGCAGUCAUUGCAUCGGCAAACACAUCCAUCCUCACACCAACCAAGGAUGACAAGGAGCUAAACAAACGAUCUGCUUUCGUACUCAUCGGUGCAUUCUGUGCCUUCUUCUGUAGUGUUGGCUUUUUCAACGCGUUUGGUAUCUUCCAGGAAUAUUAUCACGAACAUCAACUCCAAGACAAAUCGGACUUUGACAUUUCAUGGAUUGGCAGCUUUGCAAUCUGUGCCAUGUAUCUUACUUCGCCUGCGGUUGGCAUCGCUUACGAUAUAACUGGUCCAAACGUACUGAUCAUUAUCGGUUCUGUUGGUGUACUCUUCGCUAUCUUCAUGAUCUCACUUUGCAAAGAGUACUAUCAAUUCUUCCUCGCUCAGGCUUUGGUUCUUGGUGUUAGCUCGGCCUUUCUGAUCACCCCUUCGUUGUCGACACUUCCAAAGUACUUUCGCAAGAAUCGUGCCCUUGGUAUGGGUAUUGUUGUCGCUGGAUCGUCCACCGGAGGCAUCAUCUGGCCUAUCGUACUCGACCAACUGUUGAAUCACAGCAAUCUUGGAUUCGGCUGGACUAUCAGGAUCGUCGCAUUUAUCAUGCUUCCGCUACUUGGUAUGACCUGUCUACUCCUUCGUUCACCUCGUACUGUCGCACCAUUACCGGAUGAGAAAGCCCGAGUUCCAACAACGAAGCCAAAGGCCGAUUUCAGCAUUAUCAAAAAGCCGGCCUUCAUCUUCUGUUGUGCGGGUAUGGCUGUCGCCAAUCUCGGUAUGUUCAGUCCUUUCUUCUACAUCGGUUCGUAUGCCACAUCACUCGAUAUGUCGACCUCAUUCUCUUUCUAUCUUAUUUCUAUGGUCAAUGGUGCUUCUUUCUUUGGCAGAAUCUUACCUGGUAUACUGGCUGAUCGCUAUGGUUGCUUCAAUCUGUUGUUCUGCGCUGCUCUGACCUCUGGCGUGGUUGCCUUUUGCUGGACUGGGGCAACUAGCACCGCAGGAGUCGCUGAGUGGUCUGUUGCGUAUGGCUUCGCUUCUGGGGCAAUCAUGAGUUUGCAAUCAGCUUGCAUCGCACGACUAGCAACACCACAGACUAUGGGGACUGCAAUGGGAAUAACCAUGGGGUUCAUCGCUCUCUUCACCCUUUUCGGGACACCUAUCAGCGGCCAGCUGGUUGGACAAUAUGGCUGGCUACCGCUUAGCAUGUUCUCGGGGGCUACACUAGUUGCUGGCUCUGCUUUGAUCGCUUGCUCCCGCUUCAGUCAGGAUCGAAAAUUGUUUGCGGUGGUUUGA